UUGGUCCACUUGGAAGCUAGUGGAAGUAGGAAUGGAACGAAUUGGAGGAGCCGCCUUUGUUAUCCGGUUGCCUAGGGCAACAGGUAGUAUACAUGCUCCAGUGUCUCGCCUAGAGGAAGCCCUGGGAACCAGUUUUUAGAAGCAUGAUGAUGGAGUGAAGAAGGAUCCACUUACCAAGUUUGCAAUAAUUGUCUGUCAUAGAGACCAACUUUGACAUGAAGUCGUUGUCUCAGACCUUCCCAAUCCCAACUAAAUCUUCUGCUAAUCGGAAUCUGACUCCUGACAACACAGAAAGAGAUACACCCUAUUCUUCCAUCCCUCUCAAAUACUAUGCCAAAGUGAUUUCCAACACCGAAAAGAUAGGCUUCAAUUCUCAGGCAAAGAGAUUUCAAUAUGCUGAGAAUGAAAAUCCAGGGCCCGGACUUUAUAAUAUCAUCCAUCAAUCAAUGCUUCUCGACAAUGUCUCCCAGUCUCGGAAAGGAACCUGUUUUUUCCCUUCCAUGGAUGUCCGGAUUGCUCACCAGAGAAUUCCCAACUAUCCUGCUUCAAAUGCCUAUGACAUCUCACCUACUCUGCAUGCCAAGAAAGACUUCAGCUUGGGCUACUCAAGCAUGUUUCAUCCACCAUUCGCUAGGAAGAUUGCCAAGAAGACUGGGCCAGCCCCCAACCAAUACAAUAUUGCAGUGGAUUUUUGCAAACAGAACUGCAGUGCCAAGUCUGUCUUCUCAUCAAAAACAAAACGGACCAUAUCAUGUAGCAGCAAGGAACGAUGGCCUUCUCCGUGUCACUACCGAAUUAAAGACUCCCUGAUCAGGGCUUCUCCUCCAGUGCUGGUGUCCUGCUUUAGAUCCAAAACAGGCCGUACAACCGAUCCAGAAACCCUGAGCCCGGGACCAGCAGCCUAUCAGCAGCCAUUGGAAACCCCAAUUGGACCAUCAAAGAGGUUCUCUGGAUUGAGGAAGUGCAUCUUGAAUUUCUCCGCUCCAGCUGUUCCUCCCCCACAAAAUCCACCUUUACCGGGGCCUGGCCAAUAUGACCUAGUGGACUACACAGCACCUUCUAAGCACUAUAUCUCCAGUGCUGUAUUUGUUUCAAACACAAAACGCUGGACAGGUGAUAAACUCCACAAAGGCAUACCUGGACCAGGGGCUUACAACAUCCCCAUUCCACAAAAACAAUCCUUCAUGUACAACGUCAGCAACAAAUGGGUGCCAGUAUUAUAAAGGAAGAGAUUCCACAAGAGCUCGGCCACCAUCUCUGGUUACUUCUCCCCCUUCAAAGGGGGUCGCGGACCAGUCAAAUACUCUGAACUGAUGGGUUGGGCUUGCACAGAAGGAGAGUGAAACUCCACCCCGCUGUCAAUCAUCCCACAGAA